AUGCUGUCCCUGGCGAUCCAGUCCUUACUGUACGAGGCAGACGCCCAUGCGGCUAAUCCGGCCCUGCAGCGUCGCUCGUCCUCCUCGAGUACCCAGGGCGAGGCUGUUAUGAGCCCACUGCCGAGUUUGCAGACCAAGGGCUUGAUCGUUAUCUCGGCGCUGGCCACCGUCUCACUCAUUUGUACUCUUUCCUUGUUGACUUUCUUUACCUAUCGUUUUAUUUUCUGGAAACGCCACUACAAACGUUAUAUCGGUUACAACCAAUAUGUCGUGCUCAUGUUUAACCUCAUUCUGGCUGACUUCAUCCAAAGUCUGGGCUUUAUCAUCAGUUUGCGAUGGAUCCAGACCAACUCGGUGACGGCCGCAGACCCUGCAUGCUUCUUGCAGGGCAUCUGGCUGCAGAUUGGUGAUCCCAUGAGUGGUCUGUUCGUGCUCGCCAUUGCUGCGCACACUUUCAUGCACGUCACCUUGGGCUACCAGAUAUCACACCGUCUUUUUGUUUCCAUCAUUUGUGGGCUCUGGCUCUUUGGGGUUAUAACGACUGUCAUUCCGAUCGCAGCACACGGUCGGUACGUCUGGUAUCCGGCUGUAGCCUGGUGCUGGAUGACCCCCAAGUACGAGUCGAUGCGUCUGUGGACUCACUACUUUUGGAUUUUCGCCUCGGAGUUCUUCACCGUCGUCCUGUACGCGAUCAUGUUCCUGCAACUGCGCAAGAGGAUCGCCGAGUCAGCCAUUCUGGGCGAGCACAACUCCGAAAGUCUGACCCGACUCAAGCGUGUCAUUUUCCACAUGGCGUUAUACCCCGUAGUGUAUAUCUGCCUUACCUUACCUCUUGCCGCAGGUCGAAUGGCUUCUGCCAGUGGCCAUUCCCCUAGCGUUCUCUACUUCUGCUUUGCCGGAUCCUUCAUGACUCUGUGUGGCUUCUGUGAUUCCCUCAUGUACACACUGAGUCGCCGCAGUGUGGUGCUGGAGCCCGAAGCCAGGAUCCAUGGCAGCAGCAACAACAAAUACUCCAGCCGACCGAACAAAUCCUCGGUCGCACACCACUACGGCAACAGUAUCGAUGGCAAGGGACCGACCAACACCACGAUUGCGCGCGGCCGCAGCGAUUCCACCGAGGAGAUGAUCGGCAAGGAUGGGUUGGAGCUGGCCCCGAUGGGAGUGGUGCUGCAGCACACGACGAUCGAGGUCACCCAUGAGGCGGCCUAUGACUCUGCAUCAAGCAAUCUAAGUGGCCAACGCGAGCGAAGCAGCAUCUACCAUUAG